AUGAAGGUACUGGAGGAAUGGGAACAUGUGUUCGCUACCGAGACGGAUUUCUUAUCACCGGAGAUGGCCAACAAGCACGAUCGAGCCCUGCUUUGCAUGAACAGUCUCGGCACCAUGAUCGAACACAACCUUCCUGGACAGCCUGCUGAGCAUCAGGGCUUGUUGCUCUUGGAAUUGUGCAAGUUUGUUGUCCCUUUGUUGCCACCGACGGACGUGCAAGGUGCCCGAGUGUAUCCGUGGCUUCUGACGAAAGGCCCCGAUUCCAAGGAGAUGCAAGAGGUGGAUGUGAAGCUUUUCACAGCGAUUGCUGGUGCUCCCUUUGUUUCCAAGCUGGGCCAAAAGCGGGCUCCAGGCACAAAAUCCAACAAAGUGAAGGCAGCUGCGAUCGAGGACGAGGAGGACAAGAAGAAGCAAACUGCCAAGGGCAAGGCGAAAUCAAAAGCGAAGGCAAAGGCAGGCAAGAGGAAAGCACAAGGCGACGAUGAAAUGCUGGAACCCAGCUCAGCCCUUCAAGGACCCGUCGAAUUUGGGGAAGGCUCCCGUCCACGGCGAUGGCUAGACGAUCUUCUUGGAGCAUUGGUCGCGGCGAACUACGGGAAGCCACUACUUCAUCAAUGGAACAGCCCCGCCGGCCAGAUGACACGGAUGCUGGUAAGCUAUGGCCUCGAGUUCGCAUUGACGGGCAAGCUCAGCCUGAACAACAAGAUCUUUAAGGACUGGUCCAAGGUCAGACCGUACUUGCAGAGCUUGAUGAGAGCAAUGAUCAAGAAGUCUGCCGGUGAAUCCUUGACCGCAUCCGCUGCAUCUACCGAUGCAGCCGCCGAUAACAUGGUGAGUCACUUGUUUGCUCGUGUUUCCGAAGAGAAGGCUGCAUUGGAGAACCAGAGUGCAGGGGCAGGGGGAGGCAGCGAUGAAGAUGUCAGUGACGUCAAAGCAUGGGUCCGGUUUGUCUUGUUUUCGUGCAAAGCGACUGUCGACGAUGCCGGUGUCUUUCUUAGCAAGAACACAGGGUCAAUUGAGUCCCAUCCCGCUUUCCGUGGCUUUCGUGGAGUCUUGAGAGAGGUGACCUGCACUUGCAAUGCCGAUGCAGAUGCCGAAGCCGAAGCUUGUUGUUUCCAUUACGAGUCGGAGCACAGCAUCCAAGACUUAGUUUGGGGUGUCACCGAGUGCUUGCGUGUUGACGAGGAGUCAGUGCCUUCUUCUGUGCUGAGGGUUGGGCUGGCACUACUUGGUGCUGUUGCCAUUCAUGCGUCGGGUUUGCAAAAACAGGCCGACGGGUCUGAUGGGUCUGGCGAGAAGGUGCAGACAAUCGCAGAGAUCGUGGGCAAGCAUGCGAAGCCGCUUGCUUUGAUUGAGAACGAGCAGGGCGAGUUGGUCUUCAACGAACAAGCGAUCGAGGGCAUGAUUGUUUGCCGAGCACUUUACAUGCUAUUGGGUUUGAGACAGGUAAUUGAGAAGCCCUUGGAGCCCCAGAAGUUCGUCACUGUGUCGGAUGUGCCGUCCUUGCCAGCCUUUGCUUCCCUUCUUGACUACUUGCUGAGCAAAGAUGGCAAGUCAUAUGUCAUGGAAAUCGAAAGCCGCUGCCAUUUCGCUCAGAAGUCCCAGAAGUCACAAGGUUCCCAGGAUUCCAAGGCGGCAUCCUCGGAGUCCGCCCCUGAUUUGUGGUGCUCGACUUGGUCGAGAGUUCUCGGGGUCGCGGUGCGAGCCCAAGCUCAGGCUGCGAAAGCGGCGGCGGCAGAGGCGGAGAAUGUCGAUCAGCAGGGGCCCGAUCCCAAACGUGCUAAAACAACAAAGCCGGCGAAAGACUCCAAGACCCCAGAAGUGCAGAUUCAGCCUCCGGCCGACCCAAAAUCGUGGGCGGACUUCUUGCCAAGCUCAACCAUCCUCUUUUCCACGAAAUCGUUGGCAGACACCUUCCUGAACACGAUCACAACUCCGACUGCGACCAGUCCCAAUGAAGCAGAAGCCACAGAAGCCGUGAAAAAAGAGGCGGCGACAGCAUCAGCCUCAGCAUCAGCAGCAGCAAAGCCGCAGGCUUCGGAAUCGGCCAAGCAAGUUGAGCUAUUGAAUAAGACUCCGACAUUGGCUAGCAUCUACAACAUGCACAACCUUGCCGGUGCCAAGUCCUUGAAUGUGCUUGAUGUGUUGGCUGUCGGGAUGCAGGUGCAAACACACAUGCUGCAGAAGUCGGCGUGGCCCGUCGCCGUGUGUCACCUUUUGUGGCUUUCAUUUGAUUGCUUCGUAGAGUAA